AUGACCCCCAAAACUCUCCAGAUACUCGUGUUGUGGCUUCCGUUCGCUAUUGCUAGCCUCGUCAAGGCAGUUCCAGUCGUUCAAACAACGUCGGGCAAAGUGAAAGGAAAGGCCGUCUCGAAUACGACCAACGCCUAUUUGGGCAUUCCCUAUGCUCAACCUCCCGUUGGGCCACUUCGUUUUCUAGCGCCACGAUCUCUCUUGACUCCAUCCUCCACGCGAAAUGCCACCUCAUUUGGCCUCUCCUGUAUCCAGCUAGGAGCGAAUCCACCGGAUCCAUCUCCUUCUGGUGAGGACUGUCUCACGAUCAAUGUCUGGACUUCACCGUCUCUCUCUCCGAGGCUAAAGCCCGUCCUCAUCUGGAUCUAUGGUGGCGGUUGGAACUCGGGACAGUCUGGAUCUGCGCUUAAUGAUCUUACCUCGUGGUCGACCAGCCAUCCAGAGGUUGUCUUCGUGUCCUUCAACUAUCGCCUCAACGUCUUUGGCUAUGCCAACUCUCCAGCCAUUCCAAACAAGGAUACGAAUGCUGGGCUCCGAGAUCAACGGACCGCUGUCAAUGGGUCGUCGCUAAUAUUGCAGCGUUUGGUGGAAACCCGGCUCAGAUUACGCUUGGAGGACAGUCUUCGGGUGCGGGGAGUAUCGCUGCGUAUCUCACGCUUACGAAUCCCGACCACCUAUUCGCGGUGCCAUUCUUAUGAGCGGACAGGCAUCCAUGGCGCUGACCCUCCUCCAAUCCCAAUUGUUGGUCUCCCAGCCGCAGGACCCAAUCCGUUCCCCAAUAUUGCGAGCGCUGUUGGGUGCUCUCUUCAAGAAAAGACUAUAAAGCACAGCUCGACUGCGUUCGUACAAAAGCGCUGCCCAACUGACGGACGCGCUCAACUCUACGAACACUCGGAAUUGCUCCGUUUGUCGACAAUACCACUCUUCUCCAAAUCCGAGUACAAAUCCAGAGGUCGCGCAGGAAAGUUUGCGAAAAUUCCGUUGUUAACUGGGACAACUGACAAUGAAGGCGACAUUCUCGUUGUAGACCGGACAACAAACACGCUGAACGAGACUCUUUCGGAUCUGUUGACUCUGUCCGUCUUCAGGUGCUACGACAGCCAGCAGUCCAAGUAUUCUUCUUCAUUGGUGUCCGUGUAUCGAUAUAGAUACAUGGCCAUUUUCCGUGCGCUAUCUCCGCCACCUCUUCGCUCCUGGCACGCAUCCGAUCAAAUUGUCCUAUUCAAUGCCUUUCCUGGCCUUGCUUCGGCAGCCACGGAAUACUUGCAAAAGGCAUGGAGCGCCUUUGUCGUGAACCCCAGUGAUGGCCUUCUGUCGCUUGGUUGGAAGAAGUACAAUGGGCCUGGAAGUAGCACUCUCGUCGACAUAUUCAACAACAGCACUGAUUUACAGAAUCCCGAUCCAACUGGAAGACCCGGCCUCUUUUGA